UGUGGAACGACCUGAUUGCACUGCAUUUGCUGACAGGAUUUGAACAGUGAUGUUGCAACCUCAGUGCUUCAUGCAGGCAGCGUCUGCAUGAGAGUGAGAGUGGGGGAUUUUGUUUAUGAAAGAUCAGUUUUUUGUGAGAGGGAGGACGCUGUGCAGAGAUGGCUAUGGUAUGCCUGACAGACUUUGAGGAGUAUGCAAAAGAGCAUCUCUCAAAGGCUACCUGGGAUUAUUAUGCAGCCGGAGCGGACGAAUGCUGCACCAGGGACGACAAUCUACUGGCUUACAAAAGGAUACGUCUGCGGCCUCGUAUCUUGCGGGACGUGUCUGUGAGCGACACACGGACCACAGUGCAGGGGACAGAAAUCAGUUUCCCGGUUGGGAUCGCACCGACUGCCUUUCACUGCCUGGCCUGGCAUGAAGGAGAGGUGGCCACAGCUCGAGCCACUGAGGCUCUGAACACCUGCUACAUCACCAGCACAUACUCCACCUGCUCGGUGGAGGAGAUUGUGGCUGCAGCACCUAACGGUUACCGCUGGUUCCAGCUGUACGUGUACCGGGAUCGGAAGCUGUCCGAACAGAUCGUGCACCGCGUGGAGGCGCUUGGCUACAAGGCCCUGGUCCUCACCGUAGACGUCCCGUACACGGGGAAGCGCCGCAACGACAUCCGCAACCAGUUCAAGCUGCCGCCGCACCUCAAGGUCAAAAACUUUGAUGGAGUGUUUCAGCAGGAGACUGCAGCCCCGGAGGAGUACGGGAUCCCGGCCAACACCUUGGACCCCUCCAUCAGCUGGAAGGACGUGUACUGGCUGCAGUCCAUCACCCGCCUGCCUAUUAUCAUCAAAGGGAUCCUGACCAAGGAGGACGCAGAGCUGGCUGUGGAGCACGGCGUCCAGGGCAUCAUCGUGUCGAACCACGGGGGGAGACAGCUGGACGGAGGCCCAGCUUCGAUCGACGCACUGUCAGAGAUCGUGGAUACGGUUCAGGGCCGGAUCGAGAUCUAUCUGGACGGAGGCAUCAGGACAGGAAGUGAUGUUCUGAAAGCGCUGGCCUUGGGAGCAAAGUGCGUUUUCAUUGGCCGUCCAGCCGUGUGGGGCCUCGCAUAUAAGGGAGAGGAAGGAGUGAGGGAAGUGCUGCAAAUCCUAAAUGAUGAGUUCCGUCUGUCCAUGGCUUUAUCAGGUUGCAGGAAUGUGGCAGAGAUCAACAGGAACCUCAUCCAGUUCUCUAAACUCUAACAAACCAGCAGAGGGCAGCGCUGAGGACGAUAACGACCCACUGAACAGGACAGAGACAAACCUACAGUGUUUAACGAGAGCCUGAGACAGAGAGAGAGAGAUGUUCACCUCAGAACUCAUGACUUUAUCACGUCAGGAAAUAUGCAAAACAGCUUCAUGCGAGAGUGUACGAGUGGGACGGUGUGGACUUGGAGGGGAUGAAACCAACAAACUUGUUUUGGUUUUAUUGUGAGAAAUGCAACUGAUAAUGAAAACACACUACGGUUUGAGAUGCUGCCAGUGAUUGUGGUUGAAUAAAUGCCUAAUGAGGUGAUGGAGAUCUGUCGCUCUUUUCUGGAUCUAAAUUAUAAGCAGGCGGUAAAAGACAUAGCAGAAGUUUGUCUUUUUGUUUUUGUUUCCAAAUGUAUAUUCUAUAUUAUAUUAUAUUUACAAAGAUAACCAUUCUACUUCAAUGCAGGGGAGAUUCAAAUACAGUGUUUAAAAAGAGUUUUAAAUCUGUAAUGAACAUUUACAUUGUUUCAGCUACAGGUCAGAUUCCCGCCAAUAUAUUACAAAUAGCACCAAUUACCAAUAUGGCGAACGGAUUUUUAAAUUGGACUGAAGAAAGACCUUUUCAAUGUAGAUUAUAAAAAAAAACAUUUGUACUGUCUCUUCAGCAUCAGUCAACUGCUAAUAAUUGAAAUAAAAAAUAAAUAAAAUUAACUAAUAGCUAUAUAAAUAUUGUUACUAUAUGUUCAGCAUUAAUCAAUUGCCGACCAUUUAAAU